CAUUUCAUCGGUAAUUAAGCAACGAUGUCUUCAGUUGAGAAUUUGAGAGAGUUUGUCAACGAGCGACUAUCUGCUGUUGCUGAAGAAAUAUUCGGAGUUUUUAAAAAAACCGUCGUCGAGUACCAGGAAGAGAUCGACCGACAGCGCAGACUGUUGGAUGUUUUUUGGAAACCCGAAGUGAGGUUACACAGGAUAGAGCUCCCACAGUCACGUGUCUGUAAGGAGGAGGAGCUUCUCUCUGAGCAGCAGCUCUGUCUCCAGGAGAGGAAGCCCAGUCUGGACCAAGAGGACCCAGAUCCUCCAGAGAUUAAAGAGGAACAGGAGGAACUCUGCACCAGUCCAGAGGGAGAGCAGCUUGAACCGAAGCAGGAGGCCUUUACGUUGACUCCUACUUGUGAGGAAAGAGGCCACGGUGAAGAUCAACUUCUGGACUCGUGUACUGAUGAAGCUGAGAGUGUGGUACAGGAAACAUCUCUAGAAUACAUUUCAGUUGAAAGCACCGCUGUAGUUGAACUAAACAAUGACCACCAGCUUCUCUCUCACAAUCCUCAUGAAUCUGAUGGCCGAGAUCAGAAAGGAGUAAAACUUAGUUUAACAUCAAACAAGGAACCAGUUCCUCCGGGUGAGAAGCCAAUUUUGUGCAGAGAUUGUGGGAAAUACUUUCAACUUAAAAAUAGCUUGUUGGGCCACGUGAGAAGAACCCACAGAGUUGAUGAACCAUUUGUAUGCAACACAUGUGGGAAAAGAUUCAUUUAUAAAUCAACAUUUGAGACUCAUAAAACAGUCCAUAGUGAAGAGAAACCAUUUUCUUGCAAAACAUGUGGAAAAUAUUUCAAAUGUAGUAGUGACCUAAAGUUCCACAUGAAAGUACACACAGGGGAAAGGCCACAUCUUUGUAGCACCUGUGGGAAAACAUUUACACGGAAAUCACAUUUGAAGUCUCAUAUAUUAAUUCAUAGUGGGGAGAAGCCAUAUUCCUGCGUCACCUGCGGGAAAAAAUUUGCUCAGCCAUCAAAUUUGACGUCUCAUAUAAGAAGCCACAAUGGGGAAAGGCCAUAUUCCUGCAUCACCUGCGGGAAAGCAUUCAUUCAGGCAUCAGUAUUGAAGCGUCAUAAAAGAACUCAUAGUGGGGAGAAGCCAUAUUCCUGCAUCACCUGCGGGAAAGCAUUCACUCAGGCAUCAGUAUUGAAGCGUCAUAUAAUAAUUCAUACUGGGGAGAAGCCAUAUUCCUGUAAAAUAUGUAAAAGUGGUUUCAGGAGUUCUAGUAACCUAAUUGUCCACAUGAGAAGAACCCACGAGGGUGAGACGUCAUAGAGUAAAUAUUUGGAGCAAUUUUUAAGAUUGAAAAGGCGUUGAAGCUUUCUAUAAGAACAGAACACAAAUGCUUCAUUUAAG